AUGACCCGCUUCGGUGAAUGCCGCUACUACCCCACUAUCUCCAGGUGGAUCCAGAGCAUGUGCGCAGAGGAGCCACAUCCUCAGUUCAUGUGUCGGACCUGCAUCCAAGACGAGAAGCCCUACUGCUGGGAGUUCAUCGACGUCACCGACAUCACCGACGACGGGUUCAUGAAUUUCCUCCGCCGUUUCGGAGAGGGGGAGGAAGUCGCUGCCGACUUGGUCUCCGCCUUAAGGGCCGUGCGCGAGUGGCAAGUUGGCGAGAUUGCGUUUGAAGAGUUCCAGCAGAUCUCCAACUAUGAGGCAUACCUCCGCGGCGCGUUUUGA